CCAGGUGCCCUGGAGGGAGUGAACCUAACAGGUAGUGAUCAAGUGAUUUCUCUCCUGCCAUCCAUCUCUGACAAACAGAGGCAUAAGAUUGUCAUGCAAGCUUCCACCGUCUUUGUCUGAGGCAGCACUAAGGUCCACUUGCUUACUGUCUUCUUUGAUGCAAUCCAGCCAUCACUUCCUCAGCAUCUCUUUCCUGUCACCCUCUUCUGCUGCGCUGCUUUCACUGGGUCCCCUUCCUUCAUCUUCUGCCAGCAUCCAAACCAGCAAAGCUGCAUGCAUUUUGUCAAAUCAGAGAGCUUUUCUUUGUAAACUGAAGAAUCUGUGGCUGUGUAUGUGUUCUCUUCAAAAGAAUGGGCUUUGACUAUAUGGAAAUCAGUGACUGUUAAUAGAUGCUGGAUGAUCUUAGAGGAAUGAAAUGCAUAAAGCGCCGCUGAAGCAAUAUGAAGGUAGCUGAAUUGGAAUCAGAAUGUCCGAUGAUGCAAACGGUAAUGUUCCAAAGCACCGUUAAUGUGGCUGGCUGCACCCAGCUAAUGUCUUCGCUCACUUUUUGUGGCGCUUGCUGAGUUGCUCACUCAGUUCCUCCUGUAAAGUCAAAAGGGUCUGGGCUGUGGCCAUGUUCAACAUUGAUUUUUACACUUUUUUUUUAAAACCAGCUCUGACCAUGCAGCUUCAUGUGGCAUGAACAUAAUGUGGAGGGGGCUUUGUGUCUAAUUAACUGAUGUUGGGGCAGGAAGUGAGUCAGGAUCAUGUGGGAUUCAUAGUCUUAACACCUGGCUGAGUUAUGAGUAGUAUCAGGUUUGUGAUUUGGAUUCCUGGUGUCAGCAGUCAUCAGUAAUAGUGAUGAAGCAUGGAGAUGAAUUUCAGUCCCUGGGGCAGGGACUGUCUCUUCAUUAAGUGUUUGUACAACACCUAGCACAACAGGGCCUGGUUUAUAACAGGAGUCCCUUGUAUUGUGAUAGUGCCUAAUAAUAAUCUACAUGAGCCUGGGUCUACCUGGGAAUUGCUUGGGGUAACCAUAGGUAGUGGGCUGGCUUCCUGCCUCUGUUGGAGAAGGGAAGCAAUGCAUGAUGUGAGGGGUGCAGGAGUUCUGGUGCAGUGUGGGGAAGACCUGACGCCAUCCAGCUCUGGCUCAGCUGAGAGAAGGCAAGAAGUGGAUAGUGCAUUCAGUGUCUUUGCUUCCAGGAAACCCAGGGAGAUCCAGUGUCCCACCCAGUAUAAAUAGCCAUGUGGAUCUGGAGGAGCGUAGCCAGUGCUUUUUAUAGAGGUGAAUUGUGGGGAGCAUAUCUGGUUACCAUCCAGCCCCUCCCAGAGCUGCACACUGUAACCCCAGAGGUACUUUGACACCCCAAUAAAUUGCUACUCUGCAUGGGGCAUACUGGAACUAAAGCUAUCCCUGAGAAAUGUGUUAAUCAGCAUUUAAGGAGGCUAUUCUGGGCCUUGGAAAACCAGGACCUUAAAACACACUGACGCAGACAGUGCUACGAUUGAAGCGAGUGAGACUAUAAAGCCCUUCAGUACUCUGCUUCAGAUACUAAUACAGUGGCCCUGGAGUUGGGGUACAGGAAGUCAGGAACCCUGGGUACUGAUUCUGCCACAGUGAGGCACUCACUGUGCCUCAGUUUCCCUUCUCACCCUCUGACUGUCUUGUCUGCUUAGAUUGUAAACUCUUUGGUGCAAAGGGUCUCUCCCAUGCAUAUUUGCCGUGCCUAAUACAAUGGGAGCCCAGUCUCUGUCGGGCUUUCUAGGCACUACUACAAUACAACCAAUAUUAGUAAUGGCAAUGGGUGAAAAUAUAUUGCGCUUAAAGUGUUCUGGUGCAGACUGUGGGCGGAUUGUACUGCCCGUGGAUCCACCCAACACAUCCUGGGGCUCUGUUACACCAGUGCUUCAGCUUGCGUUCCUGGGGCUUGUCUCGUGAUCGGCGUACGCUCUGUCCUCGCUCCUCGUGCCUUGGAAAUAGUUAUCAGGGCUGAUUUCACGCACCUUCCCUCUCUCCUCUGGCAGCUUCUUUCAGAAUUACUGCUGAGACUCUUCUUUCCAGUGCUUCCUCGGUGGGGAUUUCCCACCUGGGGUGUCACUUGUGCCCCUUAUUUUUGUGGUCCUUCAUCUAGUGUAUUUUGAAAGAGUUGUCAGUCGUCUCUUUUCCCCCAGCCCCUGAGCAGGAGGCAGGGAGCUGCAUUGCCAAUCACCUAGCGAGUGGGAAAAACUCUAAAGGACACUGGAUUUCAGUUCCCCGUGCUCCAAGGACCGUACCUGGGACUGUGGCUUUGCAGUCCCAUAACUGUAGUGGGCCAAGACAAGCUAGCCGUGUGCAAGUCGAGGGCCACUGUGGAGCAGACGGAGCUAGCGGCUGGCUCUGCCCUGGCCGCUAUGCUUCGCGAUGCCAUCCGGACCCUGAACACCCUCCAGACCAAUGCCAAUUACCUGGAGCAGGUGAAGCGGGAGCGAGGAGACCCCCAGGUGCAGCUGGAGGCCAUGAAAGGCUUCUUAGAGAGAAGUGGGUUAAAGGUCGAAGACCUGGAUCAACUGAACAUUAUCCACGUAACUGGGACAAAGGGCAAGGGCUCGACGUGUGCCUUCACAGAGCGCAUCCUCCGCAACUACGGCCUGAAGACGGGCUUCUACAGCUCUCCCCACCUGGUCCAGGUGCGUGAGAGGAUCCGCAUCAACGGGCAGCCAAUCAGCAAGGAGCUGUUCAGCAAGUACUUCUGGCAGGUGUAUAACCGGCUGGAGGAGACCAAGGACCCCAGCCAUGCCAGCAUGCCCGCCUACUUCCGCUUCCUCACCAUCAUGGCCUUUCACGUCUUCCUGCAGGAGAAGGUGGAUCUGGCUGUGGUGGAAGUUGGCAUUGGGGGUGCCUACGACUGCACCAACAUCAUCAGGAAGCCGAUCGUUUGCGGGGUCUCCUCUCUGGGGAUCGACCACACCAGCAUCCUGGGGGACACCAUUGAGAAAAUCGCCUGGCAGAAAGGGGGCAUUUUCAAGCCUGGUGUGCCGGCAUUCACAGUGCCCCAGCCUGAGCGGCCCCUGGAGGUACUGAGGGAGCGAGCCAGGGAGAGCCCGUGCCUGCUUUACCUAUGCCCUGACUUGGAUGCCUUUGAAGAGGACGAUAAGGCACUUCAGCUGGGGCUGGCGGGCGAGCACCAGCGAUCCAAUGCCACUCUGGCCCUGCAGCUCUCCCGGGCCUGGCUGCAGCAGCAGGGGUAUCAGGGUACUGGGGAGCUGAAGGACUUGCCGCCAGGUGCGGAGCUACUAGGCAAGAGAACUGUGCCCCUGGCACCUGCAUUCAGGCCCAGCAGCUCCAUGGUGCAGGGUUUACAGGACACGGAGUGGCUGGGCCGCAACCAGGUGCUGCAGCAUGGGCCGGUGACGUGGUUCAUCGACGGGGCUCACACCACCAGCAGCGUGCAGGCCUGCGUGCGCUGGUUCCGCCAGGCAGCCCUCAACGAGGAGAAGCCUGUGGACGGCUCUGAGGUCCGGGUACUUCUCUUCAAUGCCACGGGGGACCGGGACACAGCUGCUCUGCUCAAGCUGCUGCUGCCAUGCCGGUUUGACUACGCCGUCUUCUGCCCCAACUUCACGGAGGUGUCUGCGGUGGGGAAUGCAGACCAACAGAACUUCAACGUCACCCUGGAGAACAUGCUGACCCGCUGCCUGGAGAACCAGAAGAAGUGGAACCGGCUGAUGGAGGAGAAGGUGGGGCAGGACCUCUGGCUGUCUCCCCCCGUGCAGGUGGAGGAGGUGGGCGGCCAGCUGAAGCCAGACCUCUUGCGCAGCCCCCUGCUCUUCGUGCCCUCCUCUGAGCGCCCUCUCAACUCCAACUCGCUGGUGUUCCCCUGCAUCUCUCACGCCCUGCAGUGGAUCACCCAGGGCAGGGACCCACACUUCCAGGCGCCCGCCACCAAGGGGCUCCACCUGCACCCCGUGGCGGGCACCGGCGCCGUCUUGCUCAAGGAAGCGGCUGCCAUCCGCGUGCUGGUCACUGGAAGCCUGCACCUGGUGGGCGGUGUCUUGAAGCUGCUCGACCAAUCACUUUCGCAAUAGCGGGUGCCUGUGGGCGGGGCCUCCAUGCCGCUCUUUGCUGUUUACUUGAAUAUUCCCAGCCACCUUUUACCAGGUGGUCCCUGAGCCUGCUGCCCCCCGAGGUGGGGCUGGGCACUGCACGUGCUGCUGGGAUUCUCGUGCUGAGCCCUUUGCGGCGGCUGGAUCCACCCCUAGGACUGGGAUUGGUGUGGCCAGGGCCCACGCCCCGGCACCGGGAUCUCAUGCUGAACCCUCACGGCAAUGUCAUCCGCACCCUGGCACCAGCACUCUCAUGUUCAACCUCACCUCACCUCCCCGCAGCAGGAUCACUACUGCCGGGAUUUGGUUACUGCCCUCAUGCUGGCGUCCCUAUUGCCUGGGCUGAUGGGCACCUUCCCUGCAGGCCCGGGGGACCUGGGGUGAGGACCCAGCAGCUGAUCUCAGCCCGCAGGGACUGGCUGCACUGUACGUUUACCUGAUGUUCCACGGUCCUUGGCCUGGCCAAGCAGAGACAGGCGGGGAGCUCUUGCUUGGGCCAGGGUGGAAUUCCUCUGCCCUUGUGUUGCCGUCUCCCUACCCGAGUCUCUGGGUCCCACGGGGGGGCUGAGGAGGGCAGUGUUCAUCUGCCAUGUUGAGGCCGUCCCCCGCCAGGCAUUCAGAGGGAGGCGUGAGCAUCGGGGCAGACGCCCAACUGAGCAUCAGCCUCCCUUGGCUGGGGCGUUGCCUUCACUGGGAGCUGCCUCAGUCCCCCACCGAAUGCGUCCCGUGCCCCCCGCCCUGGUGCCUUUGUCUCCUCCCUGGCAUCUGUCCGGUGCGCGGUCCAGGGAUGGGUUUGAGUCUCACUACUUCAGGCCCUCUGGCUCCUCUGGGGCUGGGCUCGCCCUGGCUGAAUGCAGCCAGAUCCUGCCACCUGCCUGUGGAAUCGGCUCCGGAAGCUCUGGCUGAGUGCUUGUCAGAGGCCGUUAGUGCUGGGGUGUGUCUGGCUUGGGGUCCGGUUGGAACUGCCUGUGAUCGAAGGGCAGGAGUGCAGUGGGAGCCGUGUGCCAGGCUCAGAGCCGCAAGUCAUGUUGUGGGGUGAGAUCCAGGCACCGUAGCGCCAAGGAGUCUCUCACGGUGCCCCAAUGUGUGAGCUUCUCGCAGGCCAACACCAGGGCAGUGGGGUCCAUGGGCACCAGCGCCAGUGUUGUGUAGGCAGGUCGGCCCUGAGUGCAGAGGGGCCUUAUGCAGGAAUAGUCCCCCCUCCUGUGCAGAGAUCUGUGCACUGGGGCUGAGACUCCUGCCUCUGUCUCCAGUGCUGGGCAGCGGGAUGCGAGGGCUCUUUGCAUGCCAUGUGCAAAGUGGGUGAUUCCCCCUCUGCCCCCCCGACCUGCUCUGUUGGUUCCCCGGUGGGCCGUUCUCGCUCUCUGCUGGACAGUAACUAUGAAUGACUGGUGGGCAGGGCAUAUGGGUCUGGAGGUCGGGAAGCCCUGACAGCUGAGGAGCUGGGCUGCUUUCUGGACCAUAUGCAGUUCUCAUGGAGUUUGUGCUGGCGACUGGCCCGCUGCCCAGGUCGCUUUCAGGUGACAGCUUCAUCGCCCAGCAGUGUCUGGGCAAACACUGGGUGCUGGGAAUCGGGCUGAUCUCUCAAGCUGAGCUGCGAGGGAGCCUUGUUGAGCAGGGACUUCAGGAAGCACCUGUCUGGAGGAGCUGAGUCCCUCAGGCGCAAGGGCUGUGGAAACUGGCUCUCAGCCCCAAGGCCGUGAGUUGCCUGGUGUCGUCACAGCUCAGCCAGCGUCUCUUACUGUCCUCUGGGGGUGCGCUUUUUGCAGAACCCCCCUGAGACCUGCACCAGGCCAGGCAGCGAGCUAGCCGCCCCCGCUCGAACAACCAGCCAGGCUGGGGCAAGCAUGUUCCCAGAGAUCGGUGCUUUAAAGCCACUUGUGAGCAGGGCAGCCUGUAGAGGGUGUUUGGGGGGCAGGGGAGGAUGCUCUUGCAAAGGUCUUGGUUGCACUACGUGGUCUUUGUGCUCACUGGAGUGCCCAGAUGCAUGGUACGGUCAGGAUGUGCCAGGCUCUGCUGACACCAGAGUACCAGCUGUGCCAGCCCAGCCAUGUCCUGACCCAGUGAUUAAUAGCCACCUCUCUGCUGUAUCUCUGUAUCCAGAUUUCUGUUGCCCAGUGUUCAGGCAUUGGCUGGUCCUCUCCGCACAUAGGCCAGGCUGGGGGGUUGGGUUUGAACCCCAUCCUCGAACGCAUGCGGUGCUGGGGUGCUUGGGCAGGCAGUGUGGGGUCUUGGCUGUCUAGCUGGCAAGUGUCUGUCCUCCCACUCCCCCCUUUACUGACCCAGUGCCUGUUUCUGUGUCUGCUGAAGGCAGCCUGGGAAGUGACCUGGCCGGGUCUCGUGGCGUGUGUCUGAUGCCCUAACGCCUCCCCGGUGAGGGGGAUUCAGGGGUUGACUUGGGUAAAUCUCAAACUGCUGAAAGCCUGGGCCCAGCAUGUUCCCCUCUCAGCAAACCCAACGGACUGCCUGCCUGUGGCCCAGCUACACCAUGUGGGGGUCUAGGUGACGGAAUAAUGCUGCUGCUGCUGCCGAUCCACGGACCUCCUAGCAGAACCUCCUGUGCAACUGGUCUAGCAACACACGCCAGACCCAUGGCCUGCUGCAUGGGGCCCCUUUCCCGGGGCUGGGCUACCACGCCGGCUCUGGCAGUGCAGACGGGGAGAAGCCUGCUGGGCCCCUCUGCACUGCCACAGAGCUGUGCUUUGGCGCGGUGGCCCCUCCGGGCUCUGCUGUGAUACAGAGGCUUGUUGGAGCCAGGCCCACCUCUGGUUGCAGCCUGGAGAUUGUGGGUUCAAGCAGGAAGGGAGGUUGGAAGUCGUUCCCCGUGUCCAGCCUCAGAUGAUGAUUAAAGACUAAAUGUUACUGAGUCUCCAAUAAUUUAACUAGCAACAGGGCUUUUAUUAAAUCUUCUGUAACUUGAAAUAAUAUUGAUUAAAUUUCCCGAUUGCUUUCUGGGAGAUUAGUUUUGAAAGUGAAGCAAUGGUGCUGCUGUUCCAUGAGCGUCCGCUCCUUUGGCCUGUUGUGUAAAUAAACAUCAUGCUCAUUGUA